UCCGGUUGUCCAAACUGCUGGAGCUUCCUCUUAAACUGAUCCUGAAUCCGCCUGUCCUACCCCGGUAACACCAGACCGGUUCCAGGGCUGGUUCGGAGCCAGUGUUUGACUCAGCACCAGUUCUUUGUUUUUCCAACCACCGGACAAACCGGUUCCGAACGAGCUGGGUUUAACGGGACCGGUGGGCGGGAGUUACCGACCCAAACAGGAACAGCCAAACUAUGGACCGCCAUUUUUAAAACUACAAAACAGCGCGUUUUUAGUUUUUUUUUUUUACAGACACAAUCAUGGACGUCAAACCCAAACAGACCUGGAGUGAAGAGGAGACCCGCUGUUUCCUGACACUGUGGGCUUCAUCCGAAGUCCAGGACCAGCUGGACGGAGCCUCUCGAACCAAGCCGGUGUUCGAAAAAAUCCAAAGCGGGAUGGCCGUGGCCGGGUACGAGCGGAGCCUGGAGCAGCUCAUCAACAAACUGAAGAAGUUAAAGAGGGACUACCGGAACCAGAAGAGACUGUUUGGAAGCAGCGGACGGCCCCAUGGACCCUCAUACUUUGACCUGAUGGACUCGGUUUUAGGGGACAGGCCGGCGAACCAGACCACCGAACCGGACCAGACCACCGGACUGAACCUGGCUACAGCAACCACCGACCUGCGGCUUCUGAUUGUGGACGACUUCGUUGUUCGAUCAAAUGGAAGCGGUACUGAGUUGGCGCCCUUGGAAAAGGAGCCAGAUUCCGAGUUGCUGAAACCACAGCUGCAGCCACAGCCGCUCACCUGCAGCUCUCCCACUCCGUCCUGCAGUACGUCUUCCACCUCUUCCUCCUUUCCUGAAACCAAACCAGGAAAAAGAAAACGGGAUUCUACCGCUGAGUUGAUAGAAUAUCUGGAGAGGUCAGAGGAGAGGUUUCUGGAGCAGACCAGGAGGGACCAGGACAUCACAAUAGCUUUACUCCAAAACGUCCAGAGGAUGGACGAAACCACAAAAAGACUGGUGGGUCUGAUGGAGCGCAUGGUUUCUGUCAUGGAGAGUUCGUCACGGAAAUGAAGACGUUAAGAUCAGACUCACCACUGUUUUUGAACAGCAACAGCACCUUGAAUAUUCUUACCUUUUGUUUACAUUUUUAAAGCUUUUUUUUUGUUUUUUUUUUAGUUUGAGCCUAUUUGUCGUUUUUUGCUCGUGUGAAUAAACCUAUCUGAAAUGCAAAAAGGCAGAAGCGGUGGCUGCAGGACAGAACAGGAUCUCUGAAGAUGUCCUGACAAACCGGACAGAACAGGACGCCAUUUAGUCUGAGAGCAGCCGAAAACAAAGUCCAGCCAGCGAAGUGGAAGCAGCGGAUUUCUUCUUUAUUUUUAUUUUCACUUUUUCACUCCUGUAAGUCGACUCCCAGGGUGCUGUUGCUAAUGUCCGAAGGCAAAUCCCAUCUGUUUUUGUCAGUGUUUCUUUUUUUAUAUCGGAUAUGUAAUAUAGGGGCGGAGCUCUGGCUGACUUCCUCUGUUCCAUUAACGCAGUGAAAUGACUCCACA